GAUACCGUUUAAACUGUGACAAGUAUAUGAUUAAAAAAUUUGAAGACGAAAACUGUUCCAUCACAGACAAAGUGAAGAAUUUGCGAUCGUUAGUAUCCACACGAUUAAAAUUCUGGCAAAAUUGGUUGAUCAUUGUAGACAACGUGGAACUGCUCAGCAAAAUUUCUUUGUUACUGCCCCAAGUAGGUGAUGCCAUGUGGAUAAAUGGACAAAUCGUAGUAACUAUCCAGAACACAGAUGCCGUACCUCAAGACGAUGGGCUUAACAAACAUAUUGCUAUCAGAAGUGGAAUGAAUGAUACGGAAUGUUUUCAACUGUUGAAGCAUUACACUAUUGAACAUGCUGAUGACCAAUUGUUGAAUGAAGUAUCGCACGCAUUGGAUCGUCAACCGCUGGCUUUGGCUGCUGCUGGUUAUUAUGUCAGUCGUGUAAACAAAGCAAACUGCUCAUUUACUUGGAGUCAAUAUUUAAAGAAAAUAUCUUCAGAGGAAGAAGAAAGCAUGGACGCCAUUUUUGUUAGAUUUAACUCGGUAUAUCCUAGAAGUAUGUUACAAGCUUCACUUUUAGCUGUCAGAGAAAAUGCUGAAGAAUCCUCAAUAUUAGCAAAUGUUAUUAACUUUUUUUCCGUGAUAUCGUUUGAUCCUAUACCACGAGACAUUAUUGUUUUUUAUGUUCAAGAAAUUGAUCCCAAACACUCAAAGGAAGAUAUAUGUCUUUCUUUAAAGCACUGCUCAUUGUUCUUGCAUUCAGAAAAUAAUGACAUUAGUCUACAUCGCAUUGUUCACAAAGCAAUUACUGUUUAUCAAUCUGAACAGUUGAAUGAGAAACAUGAAAUUGAAAGUAGCGUUGAUGAAAUAUCAAAAGCACUUUACAUGUUUAAAAAGAAAGACGACGAAAGCAAAUUGAUGCCACAUCUUGAAAAAAUUGUUCAAUUAUUGUCUUUAAACAAUGUUGGUAAUGUGCUUAAAAGAACUGGAAACUACGACAAAGCUAUAGAGUUCCACGAAAAAGCUAGAAAAUUUGCAAAAAAAAACGUUAGGAACUAG